GCAUACGAUUUGCUUCUCUGUUCCUCCUCUCCGUACUCUCCAGAACAGACCAGCUUGCGCACCACCGCCACUACCGACUCCCUUCCAUCUGCUACUGAUCAUCGUUGAUUCACACCACCGCCAGUACCGACUGCUGAUUGUAGCGGACUGCCGAUUCCAAACCAGGUUAUGUAUAUCGUUGCUCUGAUGUACCAGUUUCUUAGCUGUUUCAAUCUUCAGUGUUUUUCUUCACAAAAUUUUAAUUUAGGCCAUCUUUAAUUUACUACAUUGGGUUAACUCUCAGGGGAAUCAUGAAUUUUGGGAAAGAAUGCAUCCAGCUUCCCUCAUAUUAAACCCUAGAUUCUCACGGUCAAACAACACAGAUUUGUGUUAUAGCUCCACUUUAAGAGGAAAUAAAGUCUUAUGCAUGUAUUGAAUCUGUAAAUACAAUAAAUCAAUUGGAAAAUCAUGCCAUAUGAGCUUCAAUUCAUACAAUACGUUCGCCGAGUUGUUUAACACGGCUAGGGUUUCGGAUUCCGGUGAGUUUGAUAGUGCUUUGAGUAAUUUGACGGUUAGGUUACAGGCGGAAGUUGCCGGAGGAGAUUCGUUUAGGAAAUUAGCGGUUGGAAGUGUGUCGUUUGGGCUAGAUUCGGUGACCAUCUACGGGAUGAUGCAAUAUACACCUGAUUUGUCUAAGGAGCAGUGCAGUGAGUGUUUGGAUGGUGCAGUUAGGGAGCUACGUGGUUGUUGUAGUGGUACAGUGGCAGCAAGGGUGUUUUAUCCGAAUUGCUUUGUGAGGUAUUCGAAUGAGCAUUUUUAUAAUGAUCCUCUGCUUAUUUCGGUCCCUUCGAAGUUGACUCGAGGCAAAAAGAACAGCACUGCAAGAAUAAUUUAUGUGGUCGUUCCCGUGGUAUGUGUCUCUGUUGGGUUGAUUGGAAUCGGCAUCUGGUUCUUUCUUACAAAAAUAUGGCAAAAGGACGGUGUGUCAAAGAAAGAAACUGCUAGCUUCUCUACUCUAAUUACGAAACGGACACUAAGUUCAACUAAUGACACUGUUGGAAUGGAGACUAUUAGCGUACAUCUUUGCAAUACGAUUUUAAGACGAUUGAAGUUGCAACAAACUACUUUUCUCAAAAGAACAAGAUCGGGGAGAGGUACGAGAGCUAAGGGAGGCGGCGACAUAAUUUGGAACUAGGGUUCCGGCCGGUUACCAUAUCCCACAGCCGAUCUGGCUUCAAGACGAUGUCCCCGACAACAUGCAAUGGCCGGGCAGUUAGGGGUUCGCCCCAAACAGAAGCAUAAGAAGUUGUAGUUUGUAAGUGAAGAUGGAAUGAAGAAGUUGUAAAACACGUGUCAACAUACUUUUGUACUUACCACGACUUUAUUUUGUAAGUUUUCUCUUUCAAUUGUUAUAUCGAAUCACAAAUCAGGUCUCCCCGCCGCGAAGCGCGGGUGUAACCCCUAGUUAUUAUUAUAACACAAGGUAGUUAGCGCCAAGGAUGUUUUAUGUGUUUUGAAGUUGACCACCAAAGUUUAUAUUUUGCAAGAUCCCCUUGGUUUGAAACACGUAAAUAGAGAGAAGUGCCCCUCUUUUUUCUAUCGUUUCCUCUCACUUCUUUUUUUUCGAACUUAUUUUUGAUGUCUUCGGUGCAAAGAGUUCAUCUGCAGCAGAGGAUAGGAUGGUCGGCGGAAAUGGUGAUUAUGUUAUGACCAAGGGUAUUUAAUCCAAUGGUCUUUCGUGACCCAGUUUUUCAAAAAGAGAUACGUCAUACUGGUUUAGAUAACAACUCCUUGCCUAACUGCACUGAUUUAAUGUUACAUGAUCGUUGUAUUUCUCAAAGAAAAGAAAUCAACAAGCAUUUUUAUUUCUCAAAGAAAAGAAUGGUCAUUGUUAGACCAUGUGUAGUGGUAUAACACUAUAAUGCCCCCACCAUGGGGCGUUUUGCGCCAUGUGGCGUCCUAGUCAGCAAGGGGGCAUUAUAGCAAAAGUGGUGUAGUGGUAUAAUGCCCCAUAAUGCCCAAUUCAAUCAUUUUACAAUCAUUUCACAAUUAUUUUUUUUAAUUUAAAACAUAAAAUAACAUUCAUUAAUUUAAAAAAAAAUUACAUUACUUGAAAAAAAAAAAAACUAAAGAAAAAACCGAAAGUAAAAAAAAAAAAAGCUGAAAAAAAAAAAGAAAAAUAACUGAAAAACAUAAAAAAAAAAACAUAAAAAAAUAA